UUCAGUCGCUAUGUCCCGCCCCUCGCGCGCGAGCUGCCGAACGCAAACACGGUGCUGCUGCUAUACGAGCCGCGGCGGGUCUGUGACUCCAGUCCUGCAGACAGAGCGCAAAGAGGACGCGCGUCCUGGAACCGUCAUUGCCAGUCCUGCCUGCCGUGCUACCUGCCGUCUCACCUGCCCAUCGAUCUUCACCUGAGCUGAGUGGAUCUUCUUCCGCAGGGCGCGAUGCCGCACGGGGACGCGCAUCCCGGGCGCUUCGCUUUACGGCGCACUUUGUUGCUGCUGCUUCUCGCAGCUGAGAUCCGAGCACGAGACUUGCCCAUGUGCAAAGAGUCGGACUUCCACUUUGAGUACACGGAGUGCGACGUCCUGGGCUCUCGCUGGAGGGUGGCCGUACCCAACAAGCCGGACACCUGUACGGGCCUACCUGACCCCGUGAGGGGCACCCAGUGCUCCUUCUCCUGCAAGGCAGGCGAGUUCCUGGACAUGGAGACUCAGGAGUGCCAGAAGUGUGCAGCUGGGACCUACUCGCUGGGGACAGGCGUUGGGUUCGAUGAGUGGGACACCCUGCCGCCUGGAUUCUUCAGCUAUGGCACGGACAUGAGCGCUGGGGAUGUUUUUGCCAACUGCUCGAACUCGACCUGGGUCCCAAAGGGCGACUAUAUAGCCUCGAACACGGACGAGUGCACCUCCACCUUGACUUACACCGUCAGCCUCAAACAGUCGGGCACGGUGGCCUUCGAAUACUUCUACCCCGACAGCAGCGUUUCCUUCGAGUUCUACGUCCAGAAUGACCAGUGCCAGUCGACGGAGGCGCAGAGCAGGUGGAUGAAGAGCACAGAGAGCGACUGGAGCUCCCAUUAUGUGGAGCUGAGCAAAGGGAACAAUGUGCUGUACUGGCAGACCACCGCCUUCUCCCUGGCGUCCGGCUCGGCCAGACCGGUGCUGCUGCGCAACAUUGCCAUCACAGGGGUCGCCUACACAUCAGAGUGUUUCCACUGCAAGCCUGGCACCUUCAGCAAGCAGGCUGGUGCGGCCCAUUGCGCCCCCUGUCCGGCCAACACCUACUCCAACAAGGGCUCCACCUCAUGCCAGUCGUGUGCGCAGCACCAGUACGCAGGCCCCGGUUCAGGGGCCUGUGAGCCUCGACCGCCUUGUAAAGACAGCGACUACUUCUACACCCACAUGCCUUGUGAUGCCAACGGCCAGACCCAGCUAAUGUACAGGUGGAUUGAGCCGAAGAUCUGCAGCGAGAGCACUGAUGGGGCGGUGAAGCUGCCAGCCUCGGGCAAAAUGGAGCUGUGUCCCCCUUGUAACCCUGGCUUCUUCAGCAGCAAUGUGUCCUCCUGCGAGCCUUGCCCGUCCGGCUCCUACUCCAAUGGGACAGCAUGUGUCCAGUGCCCUGCAGGGACUGAGCCGAUUCUUGGGUUCGAGUACAAGUGGUGGAACACGAUGCCCAGCAACAUGAAGAGCUCAGUAUACAGUUGGGAGUACAGCGGCUCAGACAGGGUGACAGCAUGGGAGGUUGCUGGGGACUACAUCUACACCACACCAGGAGACCUGGACUCCAACUACAUGACGCUGACCCUCACUGUCCCGGGAUACAGGCUGACCCAGUCCAUCGCUAGAGAGAUGCCUAAUAAUGACCUUGCAAAGAUCACCUUCGUCUUUGAGACCAGGUGCUCAGCCGACUGCAUGCUGUACUUCAGCUCGGGCUCCAGCGAGUGGAACAAUCAGGAAGUGGAGCGCUGGGGUGGCACCAGGGAGAAGCAGUCCUACUCAUACAUCAUCAGAAGGAACAGCAGCACCUGCUUCACCUGGGCUUUCCAGCAUACAAAGGGUCACAGCGAGGAGCGGCAAUACAGCGUAGACUUUGCCAAGAUCUACUCGAUCAGCAUCACAAAUGUGAUUGGAGGCGUGGCCUUCGGAUGCCGUCACUGCGCAGUGGGUGCGUCCCAUACGGAUGAAUCCCACAUGGGAGGAGCCUGUGUUCCCUGCCCUGUUGGCCACUACAUGCUCAAUGACUCCAGUACAUGUCUGAGCUGCCCACCCAAUAGCAUCGUCCGAACCGAACAGCCCAUAGGAGUGGAGGCCUGUCUGCCCUGUGGCCCUAACACCCGUAGCAAUCAGGAUCGCUCUGCCUGCGUGAGUGACUGCACCUUGGUGCUGGAGAGAGAGGGUACGGCUCGCUACGACUUCUCCCCGUUGGCCAACGUCACGCACUUCCGAAGUGGCCCACGCUUCACCAGCAAAGGGCUCCGCUACUUCCACCAGUUCAGUGUCAGCCUCUGCGGGAGUGAGGGCAGGCCAGAAGCGGUUUGCGUCGACAAUGUGACUAAGAACAAACGGGAGGUCAGAGGUCACGUCUGCCAGGCCACAGUUGUGCCGUCAGAGCUCAGAAAUCAGCGUGUGGUGUCGUCUCAGCCCUUCAGCAUCGGCGACACUUUGAUUGGGGUCACUACAGAGUCAACCCUGGAUCACAUCUCCUCUCCCCAAGAUCAUUUCCCUGCAGACUCCAGUCUGCCUGACGUCAUCUUCUACUACCGAUCAGCAGAAGCAACUCCAGCGUGCAAAAAUGGCCGGACCACCACCAUCAGACUGCGAUGUGACCCCUCAGUUUCGGAGGAUGACCAGCUGUCUUUGCCAAGUACGUGUCCUGAAGGCACCUGUGACGGCUGCUCCUUCCACUUCCUGUGGCGGACGAGGCACGCCUGCCCGCUGUGCUCUGCCCGCCACUAUAAGGAGAUUGUGAGCGGCUGCAUCCAGGGCAUUCAGAGGACCACCUAUGUGUGGCAGGAGCCCCUUGGCUGCAGUAGGGGUGUCCCCCUCCCGGCCCAGAAGCUGAGCGCCUGCGUCACCCUGGACUUCUGGCUCAAAUUCGGCGUGUUCACUGGCACCGUGGCCGGCCUGCUGCUCAUCGCGCUCAGCUGCUACUUCUGGAAGAGGACUCGCAGACUGGAGUACAAGUACUCAAAGCUAAUGAUGAACGCUGGCGAGAGAGAGUGCGAGCUCCCCGCCGCAGACAGCUGCGCCAUCAUGGAGGGCGAGGAUGCGGACGACGACCUCAUCUACCUCACCAAGAAGUCCAUCUCCAGCAAGAUAAAGUCCUUCUCCAGACAGAGAACAUCUGAUGGAUUCGACUCAGUCCCCCUCAAGUCCUCCUCUGGCAUGGAGAUGGAGAUGGAGAUGAGCUAGAAGGCAGGAACGUGGCCACGGGAAUGGUCAGCACUUGAGUGCAGAUGCAUUAUUGACUUUAGGGAAUAGUGGGAAAACCACGCAACACCUCUUCUGGGCUCUGCUGUCUUGUCAGUGGAAGAAUUCGAUGCACAGUUUGACAUGGACCAUUUCUGAAAUAAAAAUGAUAGUGUGGACAAUUUUUAAUGAAUAUGCCUGCUCCGUUUGCUGGUGAUGACUUGACAUGAAAAAUUAUGUGUGCAACCUUAAUUUCUAUACAGGCUGCUGGUUUGAAUAUAUUUCUUUUUCUUUUUUCCAAAAAUGUGUUCUAUUCUGUAUUACACUUCC